AUCUCACUUCAUCAGAGAUUUUUAUAUGGUCGCUUCAUUCUCCCAUCCUACCAAUUUUCAGAGCACAAAAUGCAUGCUGACCCAAGGCCUUGAGAGGGAGGGGAAAGGGGAAAGUACCUGAUUUCCCUUCCCCCACUUUCACUCCCCUUCCUUCCCCCUCUCCUCUCCACUCCACCUCUCUUUGUGAUCCAGUGAGGGUCACUCUCUUGCUUCAAAAAAUAGUCUCCCAUUAGCAGUUGUAAAGUGAGGAGCAGUGCUACUAUGGCUUCAGACAGCUCUUUGAAUUCCUCCAAUGAUUCCACAUGUGAAGGUCAUCAUGAGACCUGGGAGGAUGUUACUGAAACUCAAGCAAAGAAGAUUCUUAAAUUGGAAAAAGACUUAGAGGAGCUCAAAUUGCAAAAUGACCAUUUAGAAUGGCAUUGCUGUGUGUAUCAAGAUACAUUGGAAAAAUUGGAUGGUAUGGAGGAACUCGAAAGAACGAAAGAUGAGUAUGAAAGUAGAGAAGGGCCAGUAUGCACCCACUGUCGGACAGAGAAGCUCCUCAAGAAGAUACACACUUUGGAAGGAAAGGCAAAGCAGUCCACUGCUGUGGAAAUUCAAAACGAGAGUGGCACGAUGUAGAACUCAACUUCACAAGAUGUCCGGCUUCCUUUUCUUUAAUUCAGCAUUGUCUCGUAUUUUCUAUUUGUACUAGAAUUUGUAAAUAAAUUGUUUAACUUGAA